CCGAGGCCCGGGGGCCGCCGGAGGCUGCGGGAGCCCGUCCGCGUCGUGUCCCCUCGCCCCCCACCCUGUCGCCGGCCGCGGUCCCUGCGGCGCGGACGUCCGGCGCGCGAGGGCAAGGGAUGUAAAUGAAAGUUGGAAGAGUUUUCUGCCCUUUUGGUCAUAAGAGGGGAGGAGAGAGUUGGAGACGGUGGAGAAGAAUAAGACACCAUAAAACUACUAGCUGCACAUUGUUGGAAGAGAGAGAAUGUGUCUGCAAGCAGUGAGGGAAGAAGGGCAGAGGGAGAGGGGGAGAACGAAUCUUAAGCUGACUCACAUGGUCCCGAAGAUGGCAUAGUAAUAAAGACACCUUCUAAUGAUCGGGAGCAUCUUUACCCGUGGGUGCCUGCCCGGGCCGGUGGCGUCGUGUUGAGCCGAAAGAACUUGACUACUGCUGUCCUGAAAACCUCUUUCUCUCCUAAUUCAUGAGCCAGCAGGAUGCGGUCGCUGCACUUUCAGAACGCCUUCUCAUAGCUGCGUACAAAGGCCAAGCGGAGAAUGUGGUUCAGCUCAUCAACAAGGGCGCCAAGGUAGCAGUUACCAAGCAUGGCCGGACCCCCCUUCAUCUUGCUGCCAAUAAGGGCCAUCUUUCUGUGGUCCAGAUCUUGCUGAAGGCUGGCUGUGACCUCGAUGUCCAGGAUGAUGGGGAUCAGACCGCCUUGCACCGGGCCACAGUGGUGGGGAACACGGAAGUCAUCGCGGCGCUCAUCCAGGAGGGCUGUGCUCUGGACCGCCAAGACAAGGACGGGAACACGGCUCUACACGAAGCGUCCUGGCACGGUUUUAGCCAGUCAGCCAAACUGCUCGUUAAAGCAGGAGCCAACGUGCUUGCCAAGAACAAGGCGGGGAACACAGCUCUGCACCUGGCCUGCCAGAACAGCCACUCCCAGAGCACGCGCGUCCUCCUGCUGGGCGGGUCCCGGGCCGACCUCAAAAAUAACGCAGGCGAUACCUGUUUGCACGUUGCCGCGCGCUAUAAUCACUUGUCCAUCAUUAAGCUCCUCCUCAGUGCUUUCUGUUCUGUCCAUGAAAAGAACCAGGCUGGAGACACAGCACUUCAUGUUGCUGCUGCCCUAAAUCACAAGAAGGUGGUUAAAAUCUUAUUGGAAGCUGGAGCAGAUGGGACCAUUGUUAAUAAUGCAGGCCAGACUCCGUUGGAGACUGCCCGCUACCACAAUAAUCCAGAAGUCGCUCUUCUCCUCACUAAAGCUCCCCAGGUCUUGCGUUUCAGUCGUGGGCGAAGCCUGAGGAAAAAGAGAGAGAGGCUCAAGGAAGAGAGGAGAGCCCAGUCUGUGCCAAGAGAUGAGGUGGCGCAAGGCAAGGGAAGUGUCUCAGCAGGAGACACCCCCAGCAGUGAACAGGCUGUACCCAGAAAAGAAGAAGCUAGAGAAGAUUUCCUGUCCGCCUCCCCAGAGCCCAGAGCAAAGGACAACAGGCAGAGAAAGUCAAGACCCAAGGUGUCAGCGUUUUCUGACCCCACCCCACCAGCAGACCAACAGCCUGGACAUCAGAAGAACGUGCAUGCUCAUAACCAUCCUAAAAAGAGAGCCAGGCACCGAUGUUCACCCCCGCCCCCUCCCCAUGAGUUCAGAGCGUACCAGCUCUACACGCUGUACCGGGGCAAGGACGGGAAAGUGAUGCAGGCACCAAUAAAUGGGUGUCGAUGUGAACCCCUAAUCAACAAGCUGGAGAACCAGUUGGAGGCAACUGUGGAGGAGAUCAAAGCGGAGCUCGGGUCAGUUCAGGAUAAAAUGAACACAAAGCUGGGACAUAUGGAGAACAAGACCCAGCACCAGAUGCGUGUUCUGGACAAGCUGAUGGUUGAGCGGCUCUCAGCAGAAAGGACGGAGUGCCUGAACCGCCUGCAGCAGCACUCAGACGCAGAGAAGCACGAGGGAGAGAAACGACAGAUGUCAUUAGUGGAUGAAUUAAAAACCUGGUGCAUGUUAAAGAUUCAGAAUCUGGAGCUGAAGCUUUCUGGAGAUUCUAGGGCCUCUAGGACCAAAUCCACACCAUCUACUUGCGAGUCCUCUACAGGUAUGGAUCAAUCAGUGGUCACUGCAGGUCCAGUAGCAGCUUCUGACAGUUCUCCUCAGGUGGUUAGGCCCAAGGAAAAGGCCUUCAGCUCCACUGUUCCCCACAGACUCCAGCAGGAGCUGUCUUCCUCAGACUGCACAGGCUCCCGACUGAGGAACGUCAAGGUACAGACAGCCUUGGUACCCUUGAAAGAAGCAACCAAAUGUGAUCAGCAGGCUGGGCCCUGUGUUGACAGAGGCACCCAAACCAAGAAGUCUGGGAAAAGUGGGCAGACGAGGCACCGGACUCAGCAGCCGGCACCCAGCAACACCUGUGGGCCGCCUCCACCAGCAGCAGGCAGUGAGCAGACUGCCCCUCAUGUUCGAGACACCUCCCAGGCUCUGGAGAUUACUCAGUAUUUUUUUGAGGCUGUUUCUACCCAGAUGGAAAAGUGGUAUGAAAGGAAGAUUGAAGAAGCUCGAAGCCAAGCCAGUCAGAAAGCCCAGCAAGACAAGGCCACCCUGAAGGAACAUAUUAAAAGUUUAGAAGAAGAACUUGCUAAACUACGGACGAAGGUGCAGAAGGAAAAUUAGGACCUGGGAAGUAGCACAAGAAGGGAUUCUUGAGGAUUGCUGGUUUUGAGACUGCGGGAUAGCUAUACCCAACGUGUCAUUUAUGCACACAGCUGACUUGCCUUUAAAAAAAAAAAAAUCCAAAAAACAAAAACAGAUUUCUGAAAUGUGCCAGAAAAAUGCUUCCUAUGCCCUGAAGUUAUGAGACCUCAACAAUGAGCCUGAAACCAGGGAACACUGGCUUAGUUUCAGGUUUCAUUACAAACUCCUAACCUCAGUCCAGGUUCCUCAUCUGAGGUUCAAAAGUUCAGAUUAAGUAAGCCACACUAAGAAACUGAAUGAUGUGUAAAGCCUGAGGCCUAAAAUUUAGGAUGUAUAUAAUAAUAUAAAUCAAAAGGAAGAAGAAAAAUUAAUCCCUUGUAAGCUCCAGUGGUCAUUAGUGUGGUGCAUACCUGCUGUGCCCAGACAAGAGCAUCUUUCUGUAAGAGAUGUAGCUGAGAUGUGCUCAGUCGGCUCUGUCAAAUUCCUACUUCUUGAAGUGCUGACCUUUUAACCAGAUGAAAACUUAUCAAACAGAUUUUGAGAAAAAGAUUUUCCUGAUGUCACUAGAGCCAGUAUAUCUUAAAAUAUUUUGCAAAGUCAGAGGGUACUGAAAAUAAUGAGCAAUUGACUGAUAGCCCUGGGAGUAUUUGUUAAUAAACUCAAAUGAGAAAGGUUCAAAUCCUUUGGUCAUUUUUUUCUGUAUUUCCACCCAAAAUGCGGAAAUACUACAAUUAACUAAUUGUACCGAUUUUAAAGAUUAAUGGAAAAACAUUCACCUAACAAUUACCUGAAACUUCUAUCCAUAUCCACAUCCAUAAUACACAACAGUUAUCCAAGAGAACCUUUCUAAAUUUGAGCUUUAUUGGUUUACAUUUUAUAAAGAAGUAAGGCCAUUUCUUGAAAAUAUUUCACUUCUCAUCAUCUCUUGUCAGUGAAGAGCCUCAAAAGUUUCCCACUGCUUUGCACUGAUUAUGUCAAGGUAAAAUAAUUCAGUAACUUGAUCUAGACCCCACUGUUCUCAGCUUCGCAGAGCCCCAAGGAUUUUACUGUACUCUCAUCCUAAAGUUGUAGAAGUAGCUUGGUUAUGUUGAAAUUUUGGAAUUAUCUUCUAUGCUUUGUGUCCCUUGGUAUGUGGGACUGUAUUCAUCUCAUGGUUCCAUGUAUGCACAGAAAUCUCAAUUCUGUUUCCAUCAACACAGGAACUCAGUAACUAUUGUCUCUAACAUUGAAUAAAAUGUUGCUCAUUGAGCCAAAGAGAAAAUGAUUUCCUGACAUGGGAACACCCAGAAAAACACAGUAUGUUUAUAGUCCUUUUGUUUUUGCCUAUCAAGCUCACGGUUGUUUAAUAGUGAUGAUCUAUGGAUAUAGAUGGACAUUCCUAACAAAUCUAGAUCUAGAUCUAGGUCACCAUUACACAACCUGGAUGGGGAAUCCAUUGAAUGUUCUAUCGAGUUGAUGUUCACGGCUGCGAGCUUGUCUCGUUCCUCAGCUACCGUUAAGAACGUUUUAUUCUCCCCCGGAGGCUCCUGUUGCAGUGCUGCACGUAGAGGUGCCUUCCUCUCCUCAUCCCCCUCUGCGUUCCUGAUGCAGGCACUGCAGAGUUAGAUGGUACUUAGUUGCCCAGCUCCACUAAUCAGGCAUCAGGGACAUCUUUGGAAUCCUUCCUCAGUACCCAUCAGUUUCUUGAGAACUGCCUGAUACUUAAAGACAUGAAAUCCUGAGAUAGUAAGUUGUAGUCUAAGCAGGAGUUCUUUUCACCUACCAAAUCUGUUAUCCCAAGGAAUAUCCUUGUUGAGAAAUGCUGAAAACAAAUUUUAACUAGACCAUAGAGUGCUUUGGAAGGAAGGAUUUUGAUUAUAUAACCUCUACCCCUUUUGAGUAGGCAGCUUCUCAUUGUGAACUGGGUAUUUUUGUCCAAGUAACAGGGAAGAGACUAGGGAAGAAUGAGAAGAGUCAAAGCCACCCAGUCUGGCUGAUUACCUGGAUCCUUCUCUAAUGGAAAGGAAAACCAGCAGAGAGGCAAGGAAACAGGGUCAGUCAGCAUCCUAACCCAAGCUGGUGGCAGCAUCCCAAGACCAAUACCUUUUUAAUUUCAAAGACAGGGUUUUUGUUCUUUAGUUCUGUCAAAAAUUCAACUUUGGGUUUGAUAGGUAUCUUUCCUUAUUUUUCCCUUGUGCUAUCUGCGAAAAUGAGCGAAUGUCACAAUAGUACUUUUCCAAAGAAGCAAAAUUAUUAAUUUAUAGUCUCUCGCGUGGGUUGUGUUUGAAAGUGAAAUUGGAAAUCUCAAUAGUUAUAAAAUGAUGUAAAAUACAGACUGUCUAACACUACAGUGGGGCUUUUGUUACUGAAUUAUUGCAUUGAAUAAAGUAAAUAUCUGUGGUUAGAUUGAAUAUAGUUCUAAGCUUACUUUUGACUUUGGGAGCCCAAAAUAAAGUAAGUGAUGUUUUCAUGUUUAAA